GGACCAGAACCAGGACCAGAACCAGAACCAGAACCAGGACCAGGACCAGGACCAGGACCAGGACCAGGACCAGGACCAGGAUCAGAACCAGGACCAGGAGCAGGACCAGGAAAUGGAUCAGGACCAGAACCAGGAUCAGAACCAGGAUCAGAACCAGGACCAGGACCAGGACCAGGACCAGGAUCAGGACCAGAACCAGGACCAGGACUCCAUCAGGACCAGAGCGGGAUCUUCCUCUGGUCUGCAGAAACAUAAAGGCAAAGAGAGACCCACAAGUUAUCGUUGUGAUCACUGCAAGAAAGUCUUCACCACUUCAUCAGGUCUGAGAAAACAUAAGAUGAUUCACACUGGAGAUAAACCGUUCACUUGUGAUCAGUGUGGAGCAGCUUUUACCCAACAAGGUCAUCUAAGGACUCACCAACGUGUUCACACGGGAGAAAAACCAUUUAGGUGUGAUCAGUGUGGAGCAGCUUUUACCCAACGAGGUCAUCUAAAGAUUCACCAACGUGUUCACACGGGAGAAAAACCGUUUAGUUGUGAUCAGUGUGGAGCAGCUUUUACUGAGUCAGGAAAGCUAAAGAUUCACCAGCGUACUCACACUGGAGAAAAACCAUUUAGGUGUGAUCAGUGUGGAGCAGCUUUUACCGCAUCAGGUGGUCUAAAGAUUCACCAACGUAUUCACACUGGAGAUAAACCGUUCAGAUGUGAUCAGUGUGGAGCAGCUUUUACCACAUCAAGUUAUCUAAUGAUUCACCAACGUAUUCACACUGGAGAUAAACCGUUCACUUGUGAUCAGUGUGGAGCAGCUUUUACCACAUCAAGUGAUCUAAGGACUCACCAACGUGUUCACACUGGAGAUAAACCAUUCAGAUGUGAUCAGUGUGGAGCAGCUUUUACCCAACGAGGCAAUCUAAGGACUCACCAACGUAUUCACACUGGAGAUAAACCGUUCAGAUGUGAACAGUGUGAGGCAGCUUUUACCACAUCAAGGGAUCUAAGGACUCACCAACGUAUUCACACUGGAGAUAAACCGUUUAGGUGUGAUCAGUGUGGAGCAGCUUUUACCACAUCAAGUCAUCUAAAGAGACACCAACGUGUUCACACUGGAGAAAAACCGUUCAGAUGUGAACAGUGUGGAGCAGCUUUUACUGAGUCAGGAAAGCUAAAGAGACACCAACGUAUUCACACUGGAGAUAAACCGUUCAGAUGUGACCAGUGUGAGGCAGCUUUUACCAGAUCAAGUCAGCUAAAGAAGCACCAACGUACUCACACGAGUGAUAAACUCUAAAGAUUUGAUCAGUAUGAAGUGUGGAAUUGCAAAAAACACCUCUGCACAGCAAAAAAAAAAAAGCAAAAUAAUCAAACAACAUCAUACCGAAACUUGAAAAACUAUCAUAUGAUGCCCCCUGGACACCUCCUGGGAAGGUGUUCCUGGCAUGUCCCACCAGGAGAAGAGCCAGGACACACCGGAGGGAAUGUCUUUUGGCUGACCUGGGAACGUCUCUGGAUCCCUCCAGAAGAGCUGGAUGAAAUGUGUGGGGUGAGGGAAGUCUGGACCAGGGUUUCCGUUGUCCGGUAAUUGCCGGACUUUGUCCGGUAAAAUAUGCCGAAGUCCGGUAUUUUAUAAUCUCUCCGGUCAAAAUGUCCGGUGAAAAUACUCACUGGGGCUGCGGGACUAGGGACUAGAUUCCCCAGGAGUACCGCGGAGGGACACGCCGAGCCCCGGUGCCGGGAGGAAGCGGAGCUGCGGCGCAGACAUCCACGUGUGCGUUGAUUUAUGGUUCCGCGUCGCACCGACGCAGUGCCUACGGCGUAGGGUUCGCGGCGACGUGCACCCUACGCCAGACCCUACGGCGUAGGCUCUGCGUUGGUGUGACGCAGAACCAUAAUUCCGGCUUAAAAGUAAACAUGCGCCCAAGUACCCGUGCAUGACAGGCAGACACACACGGGGAAAAGAGACAAUUUCUUUAAUUUUAAUUUUUUUUAAAAACGUUAUCCUUAUGAACGCAAUUGUUAUAUACUUGUUGGUAGUCCAACUUUCCUUAUUUUAAUCAGAACACUUUCUUUUUUCCUCUUCGGCGUGGAGUAGUGGGCUUGGAGCGGCAGCCACCGGUUAGUUAUUUAGAUCCGAGACUUUGCG